GAAUAUUUGAUUGUGCAAGCAAAGAUGAAGGCGCAGACGUGAUGGAAGGAUUUGUCGUUAAUUUAUUCGAUAAGUUAAUUUUUUUUUUCAACUUUAAUCACUAAUGGGCGACGUAAUUAAACCUCAUGUCGACUCCGAAUUUUACGAAGACGACGACAUCCAAAUAUCCGAAGAAAUCAAGCAAAAAUGUCAAGAUCUCAUCAUCACAGACUCCAAAAUGCGGGAAUUAAUGAAAAAAUUCCUCUGUGAAGUGCAACGAGGCUUAUCGCGUAAAACUCAUGCCGAAUCUGAAGUCAAAUGUUUCGUCACGUACGUUCAAGAUCUCCCCGACGGAAGCGAAAGAGGCAAAUUUCUCGCUCUGGAUUUAGGAGGAACGAAUUUUCGCGUUUUAAUGGUCGAUCUCAAGGGCGAAGAAGACUUCGAAAUGGAGUCACAAAUUUAUUCAAUUCCUCAAAGUUUGAUGCUGGGAAGCGGAACGCAGCUUUUUGAUCACAUCGCGGAAUGUCUCGCGAAAUUUAUUAAAACUCACAAUUUAUCGGAUGAAUGUUUGCCUCUCGGAUUCACAUUUUCGUUUCCGUGUCAGCAACUCGGAUUGACGAAAGGACUUCUCGUGCGAUGGACAAAAGGCUUCAAUUGCGAGGGAGUUGUCAACGAAGAUGUCGUUCAAUUGCUCCAAGAUGCCAUCGAGAGACGAGGCGAUGUGAAAAUUUACCUUUGCGCGAUCUUAAAUGACACAACGGGGACAUUAAUGUCGUGCGCAUGGAAAAAUCACAACUGCAAAAUUGGAUUAAUUGUCGGCACAGGGAGCAAUGCAUGUUACGUUGAAAAAGUUUCGAACGCCGAAAUGUUUGACGGACCCAAAAAUAACAAACCCUACGUCUUAAUUAACACGGAAUGGGGCGCUUUUGGUGACCACGGAGCUUUGGAUUUCAUCAAAACGCAAUACGACAAAGACAUUGAUCAGCACAGCAUCAACCCCGGAAAGCAAAUUCAUGAAAAAAUGAUCUCUGGCAUGUACAUGGGAGAAUUGGCACGACUCGCAAUCGAACGUUUCACCAAAGAAAAACUUUUAUUGGGCGGAAAAGGCUCAGAAAAACUCUUCAAACGCGGAGAAUUUCUCACAAAAUACGUUUCUGACAUCGAAACUGACAAACCCGGGCAAUUCUGUUACUGCAUGGAAGUUUUGCACGAAAUGGGCUUGAAACAUGCGACGCUUGAGGAUUGCGCGAAUGUUCGAUUUAUUUGUGAAUGUGUCUCGAGACGAGCAGCACAUUUGGUUUCCGCUGGAUUGGCAACUUUAAUUAAUAAAAUGGAUGAAAAAAGUGUCACUGUUGGUAUUGAUGGUUCAGUUUAUCGUUUUCAUCCAAAAUUUCAUGAUUAUAUGGUGCAAAAAAUGCGACAAUUUGUAAAACCAAAUAUUAAAUUUGAAAUUAUGUUAUCUGAGGAUGGUUCGGGACGAGGAGCAGCUCUGGUUGCUGCUGUUGCUUACAGAAAUGAGCAACGUGAAGAAUAA